AUGGCGUCCCUGGACAAUGACACCCGAACAAGGGUCGAUGGCAGUGUCUUCCCACAGAUGACCAAGAAGCCUCCCUUUUCAGUCGAGGCAUCAGGCUAUCAGAAGGUCGAGGGCGAGACCAUUCCCCGACGUAAUCCACUGGCGAAGGAUCAGCUCAUUGUUAGACCCUCCGAUGAGGUCAAGACCAUCUAUGACAAUCUCAAACGCGCCGCUGCAAAGUUCGGCAAUGCCAAAGCAAUGGGCUCUAGGAAGAUCAUCAAGACCCACGUCGAAAAUAAAAAGGUCAAGAAAAUGGUCGAUGGUGUUGAACAAGAGGUGGACAAGAAAUGGACCUACUACGAGCUGAGCGGCUACACAUAUAUGUCUUUUGUCGAGUACGAGAAGCUAGCUCUGGACUAUGGCUCUGGUCUGCGCAAUCUUGAGAUUGCCAAAGACGACAAAAUGCAUCUUUAUGGUGCCACCAGUGCCCACUGGCUUGCCAUGUCACAUGCUGCUGCUUCUCAAUCAAUACCAGUGGUUACCGCCUACGAUUCUCUAGGUGAGGAGGGUCUAAGGCACUCCCUGGUCCAAACUAGUUCCAAGGCCAUCUUCCUCGAUCCCAACCUGAUCCCUACCUUCCUCAAAGUCGUCGAGGACGCAAAGGCACUGCAGGCGGUCAUCUACAACGACGAACCCGAAAUCAAGCAGGCGGAUCUUGAGAAGUUGAAGUCCUCACAUCCCCAACUCAAGGUCCUCAGUGUAGACGAGUUGAGGAAAUUAGGCUCUGAUAAGCCCUUUGAACCGGUCCCACCCGAUGCAGAAGACCUCGCGUGUAUCAUGUACACCUCCGGCUCCACGGGUCCACCAAAAGGUGUAACAAUCAAGCACAAAGCCGUUGUAGCUGCAAUGGCUGGUGUGCAAAGCGUGGUGGCUCCCUACAUCUCCCCAGCCGAUGCACUACUCACAUACUUGCCACAAUCCCACAUUUUCGAAUACAUGUUCGAGAAUGUCACUCUCUUCUGGGGAGGUACCAUGGGCUAUGGGAACCCCAAGACCUUGUCGGACUCGUCCGUGCGCAACUGUAAAGGAGACAUCAGGGAGUUCAAACCGACCAUCUUGAUCGGAGUCCCUGCUGUUUGGGAAAGCGUCAAGAAAGGAAUCAUUGCCAAGGUCAACAGUGGCUCGUUCAUCACCAAAAAUCUAUUCUGGGGAGCCCUGUCCCUCAAACAAACUCUGCUGUCGUCUGGUCUUCCUGGUACUGGAAUUCUCGAUGCUGUCGUCUUCAAGAAACUAAAGGACGCGACUGGAGGCAGGCUCCGUAUCGCUUUCAAUGGAGGGGGUCCAAUUUCUCAAGAAACCAUCAAAUUUAUCAGCUAUGCAAUUACCCCAAUGAUUUCCGGCUACGGGCUGACCGAGACAUCAGCAAUGGGUUGCAUUCAAGAUCCACUAGCUUGGGAUCCAACUGCUUUGGGUGAUAUCCCUGGUUGCGUCGAGAUCAAGCUCGUCGACUUUCCAGAUGCUGGAUACUACUCUACAAAUAAACCUCCUCAAGGCGAAAUCUGGAUCCGGGGUCCUUCAGUGACUGAGGGCUACUGGGACAACGACAAGGAAACGAAGGAGGCCAUCACAGAAGACAAGUGGUUCAAGACCGGUGAUAUCGGUGAGUUUAACGCCAAUGGACAUCUCCGGAUCAUCGACCGCAAGAAGAACCUGGUCAAGACACUGAAUGGCGAAUACAUUGCCAUUGAGAAACUUGAAUCAUCCUAUCGCACGGCCCCUGUCGUGGGAAAUAUUUGCGUGUUCGCCCAAGAGGACAAGGCUAAGCCAAUUGCCAUCAUCGUACCCGUUGAACCGGUUUUGCAGAAGCUUGCUGCUGCAAAUGGUAUCAAGGGCGAGUCUGUAGAAGAAAUGGCUCACGACAAGAAAGUUAACGCGCUGGUGCUGAAGGAGCUGCAGAAGGCAGGGCGUGGUGUUGGCCUGUCAGGAAUCGAACUGAUCGAAGGUCUUGUGAUCGCUGACGAGGAAUGGACACCGCAGAAUGGCUUCAUCUCUCCUGCCCAGAAGCUUCAACGCAAGAAGAUACAGGCCAGAUUCGAAAAGGAGAUCAAGCAAGCAUACGGUGGUAAUUGA